CGCUCACUGCCGACACGGGGCCCGCCAAAGCCGGCGUCUCCGCGCCGCCGGACCGCCCACCUGGGGGGCCCGCUCCCCUGCGCCUGGCAGCGCGCACAACCACCCUCGGGGCAGUGAUGACGGUCCCUCGCGCCGGAGGGGGUUUAGUGAGGAAAGAGAGAAACUGGUGGCCACCGGGGAAGAGCACUGCGCUUCUGAGCAACCCCAGACACCACCACUGACUGAACAGCCGCGGCCCCCAGCGGCGCGGACGCACGACCUCCCGGCUCCUGAGAGACCAGACCCGCGGAGUCUCGCGGGAUCUCGCUGUUCUCAGCGGCGCAGUGAAUGAGACCGAUCGAGGGGGUUCCUCCAGCGCCGGGAGAGGGUCUGGUGACCUCGCAGCUCCUCCCACGUCUCCCCGGCAGCCCGCCUUGCGCAUGCGCGGGUGGCGACGGCCGGCUACGGGUCGCGCGCGCGGCUGGCGCUAUGGGGUUGAGCCGCGUCCGGGCCGUUUUCUUUGACUUGGACAACACGCUCAUCGACACGGCUGGGGCGAGCAGGAGAGGCAUGUUGGAGGUGAUAAAGCUCUUACAAUCAAAAUACCAUUAUAAAGAAGAGGCUAAAAUCAUCUGUGAUAAAGUUCAAGUAAAACUCAGCAAGGAAUGUUUUCAUCCUUAUAAUACAUGCAUUACUGAUCUAAGGACUUCACAUUGGGAAGAAGCAAUCCAGGAAACAAAAGGUGGUGCCGCCAAUAGAAAAUUGGCUGAAGAAUGUUACUUCCUUUGGAAGUCUACCCGUUUACAGCAUAUGACACUAGCAGAAGAUGUCAAAGCCAUGCUCACUGAACUUCGAAAGGAGGUCCGCCUACUUCUAUUAACAAACGGGGACAAACAGACCCAGAGGGAGAAGAUUGAGGCUUGUGCCUGUCAGUCCUAUUUUGACGCUGUUGUUGUAGGUGGAGAGCAGAGAGAGGAGAAACCAGCACCGUCCAUAUUUUAUUACUGCUGCAAUCUUCUCGGAGUACAACCUGGGGACUGUGUGAUGGUCGGUGACACAUUAGAAACCGACAUCCAAGGAGGCCUCAAUGCAGGAUUGAAAGCAACAGUCUGGAUCAAUAAAAAUGGAGUAGUGCCACUGAAGUCCUCCCCAGUUCCGCAUUACAUCGUUUCUUCUGUGCUAGAAUUACCUGCUCUCUUACAAAGUAUAGACUGCAAAGUCAGUAUGUCCGCUUAAAGCACAUAAAAGGGCAUGAUUAUGAAUGUUAGAGUCAAUUUGCAGAGUAUGAACUAAGAAAAGUUAGGGUACUCCACUUAUAAUAAUCCAGCUCUAAGAAUAAUUUUACUUAUGAUUUAAUGGCCAAUAUUUUGAAGUUAUUUAAAUUGUAACAACCAACCAUUGACUGAUACUUAUAUCUGAAAAUUCAGAUUGCAUUAAUACAAGUCAGUGGUAUAGCCUAGAAAAUUUGAGAAAAUAUGUGUUAGUCUGUAACUGGAGCUUUUAAAAAUUAUGUUAUUAAUCUUUUAGUAUCUUGGCUCCAUAGUGCCAGGCAGGAUUGCUUUACACAUGGAUGCACAAAUGUAAGGUUUAUCUUCUGGCUUAAAAAUAUUUUUUAAAAACAGAUGUUUCUAAAAUACACAGAUUUAUCAAAGCAGCUGAAUCUGGUUAAUAUGAAGUAAGUACUAAGUCACAUGCAAAUCGAGGUAUUUUAUAGUGAAAUUAUUUGGCAUAUUUUGAAAACAAACAGUUAUGAAAACAAGCAGUAUUUUUUGCCUACUUUGGAUGUAUACUUUCUAUUAUGAAUCUGAUUUUUCUUAUGACUUUUUUUUUUGGAGGGUGGGGGGCAGUUUUUCUGUAAUGUGUGACAGAACAGUUAGAAAAAGCUGUUAAAAUCAACACGUGGUGCUCCUUUACCAUGACAUUUUCUCACCUGUGCACAGUGAGCUGGUAGCUUCCUUGUAGUUUUCACCUCUCAAGGAAAUGUUUUCACUGUCUUUUCCCAGACACACGGUGGGGCCAAGGGAGCUAGACUCUUGCUAGAGAUAAUUGCAAGCCACAUGGCUCUAAAAGUCAUUUUUCUUCUGUGGAUCCAUAAGAGGAACAUUUCCUCAAUGUAGCCUAACCAUGCAGCUCCCGAUCUCUUCCUUUUUCUUUUUCUUUUUCUUUUUUUUUUUUUUUUGAGACGGAGUUU